AUCAAUUCACAGAGAAAAGCGGAUUAUCCUCCUUUGUCGGCAGUUAUUACUGGUACAUUUGCAUACUUGUCCGGGAUUAUUGCCCCCUUCCUCUUGACUCCCUUACCCUUGCCCUUACCAACUCUCCCCUCUUCACUUCACUACUCUUUCUCUUCACUACUCCUUCCUCUCAAUCUUCCUGUAUCCUUGAUACUUUCAACCCUCCCCUUGUCGACAUCCACAUCGCUUGUCUUGUGAGUCGUCAUUUGUAUUUCGUCAUGUUGGCUCCACGCGUAGCCCGCACAGCAACCUCGCUGUUGCGACCCUUCAGCACGUCAGCCGUUGCCUACCGAUCACCCUCGAUCAGAGAUGUCACAGCCGACUCGACAGAAGAGUUCCUCCGCCGACAGAAAGAAUUCCGCGAGAACCUGGAACAGGCUCGCUUGAGAAAAGAACAGGUAGAGAGUCAGUCCGUCAAUGCUUCUGUCUCCUCCUUUACCCCUUCCCGUGAGUCCGCUCCCACUGCUCCACAAGUGAGCAAUGCGAGCAGCAAUAAUCGAACUCGAUCUUCUUUCGAUGCUGCACAAACCCUGGAUCAUAAGGCAAUGGGCUCACUCUCGAUGCACCGCUAUUUAGGAGAAGAACAUCAUUUUGAAGCGAAACGUGGUCCUCUGUCAUCGCUCAUCUACGGUACCGAGGAAGGCCGGCAUUUCGACGAGGACGUGGAACGCUCCUUUUCGCAGGUGCUGGCCCGCGGUAAAUAUGUUCACUCUAUUGUCAUGCACGACGUCAAGCCGGAUAAGGUCGACGAAUAUGUGGAUCUUGUGGGCCAGUGGUAUCCACGCAUGGCUGGCACCGAAGAGAACCGUGUCAAUUUGGUCGGCAGCUGGCGGACGCAAGUCGGUGACAAUGAUACCUUUAUCCAUAUCUGGGAAUACCAACGCUACGAAGGCUACCAUGCCUCCCUUCACAACAUCUCGGAACACCCCGAGUUCCGUGAUUUCGAUCGCAAGCUCAAAAGUCUGAUCAAGAGCAAGAAGACCUCCCUUAUGCAAGAGUUCUCGUUCUGGCCUACAACCCCACCCCGCCGUCUUGGUGGUUUGUUCGAGCUACGAUCGUACACCCUGCACCCGGGCAACCUGCUGGAGUGGGAGACACAUUGGCGUCGUGGUCUGACCGCCCGUCGCGAGGUGAUGGAAGGCGUCGGUGCGUGGUUUGUGCAGAUUGGCGACUUGAACACAGUCCACCACCUUUGGCAAUUCGCCAACUUGGAGGAGCGCAAGAUCCGCCGUGAGCAGUCGUGGGGUGUGGAAGGAUGGGCCGAGACUGUACACAAAACAGUACCUCUUAUCCAGACCAUGCAGAGUCGGAUUCUUGUUCCGAUGCCUUGGAGUCCUGUCGGCUAAAUUAACAGUGUCUAUUGACGCUUUCGCCCCGACCUUAAGUUCCCUAGGGAUUCGAUCUCAGGAUCUUGAAGCAGAUUGUCAGGCAGAUCUCGCCCCAUAUACUUAUCAAGGGGAGAUCAUCUACAUUAUCUUAUGUAUUGUGUACCUUAGCACUGAAUACGAAGCAUACAUUGGAAACUUGG